AUGUACAGGUCAUGCAUGCUGGCGUCCCUGAGGUCGCUGCUUCCGAAGGACUGGGACGGGACUCACGAAGUCGCGUGGAACUGGCUUUGGGACAAUGUGGAGCGGUUGCUGAAGGGCAGCUUGGGGCGCCCGCGCAUCUGGGAGGCUGCGCUUGCCAGGUCGCUGGACGGCAUGGAUGACGGCCAGAAGUUCAAGCUGCGCAAAGCAUUGUACAUCCGUUUCUUCCAGACUACCCCGCAGGGGCAGGAGUAUUUCAAGCAGUCGGACACUCGCCUGCAUUUCAUCGCUGACAGAAUCAUGCAGAUGUCCAUGGAGCUCUACCAAGAUCCCGUCAAGAUGGUGGACGAGCUCUCUGGGCUAGGUCUGCGCCAUGUCGGUUACGCGAUCCCGCCAGAGCUCAUGAAUCCGUUCGUAUGCGCAUUCAUGGACGAGUUGUCUUUGAAGACGAGCGACGAGACGGCCAUCGAGGCAGCACGGUGGUCUCUCAACCUUAUCUGCAAGAUGUUGGUGCGAACCAUCAACGAGGGGUCUACGCUUGUCAUGAAGGCGAUCAACGCGAACUCUGUGAAGCAGCUGCGAAAAGCUAUUUCCGUGGCCACGCGUAGGGGACGGUCGCAGAGCAUGCUCAACAUCCAGGUGGGCCGCCACGCGAUCUCGCCGCUGGACUGGGCGCUGCAGAGCGGGAGUCUGGACGCCGCGCGCGCCAUCCUGGAGGACCUGCUGACCAUCAGGGCUGACCGCGAACGGUAUUAUUACGGCAUGGAGGACCUGUUCUCGCGCCACCCCGACAUCAUCCGACGCCUGUGCAAGGACGCGCCGGCGCUGCUGCCGACGCUGCUGGGCGGGCUGGUGUGGCGCUCGCAGCAGGCGAAGGAGGGCGUGCGGCGCGCGAACUAUUACGUGAAGCACCUGGUCUUGGACAGCGAGGGCGGGGUGUCCAAGGCAAUGGAGUGGCUCUGCGAGGCCAAGGACCCGAAGAUCAUGAUUCACCCGGUAGUCCUGAAGGUUUCUAGUAUCUUGUGGAAUGGUUUUGUCCGGCGAUUGUUCAUCCUUUCGAGGUCGUGGUUUGUGAUGAGUUUGAUCGUGUUCAUGCUCAGCCAGGCCCUCCUUCCCAAGAUGCCGAAUGUCCAGAAUUCGCGCACGCUUCGAAUAGUGGUCUUUGCCGGCAGACUGUUGAACUACACCUUCACCAUGUUCAGACUAAAAGCGCAGCACUUAGGACAGACAUUCCGGCACUUACGCGACAGGGACCUGACCACCAGAUUGUGGUGUUUCCCGGUGCCUCGGUACUUGGAAGACUUUCAGGAGAUUGGUUCUCUGUGGCUUCUACUGCUACUUAUGUUAAUGUGCGCCCACGAGCCGAUGCUUUGGUGCCUCUCGUCAUCCGACGUUGGGAGCGACGAGUGGCCUACCGAAUUCUGCGAGGAGAGCGACCACGUGCGUUUUCGAUACUCGCUUUUCACCGCAUUUGCCAUGGUUGUCCACUGGGGAAUGCUAAUCGACUUGGCUGUCUUCUCCACGGCCCUCUCGGCCUUUGUACUGAUAUGCGGUCAAGUACUGUCUGAGUUUAGCCGCUUCCUCGUUGCACUUACUUUUCUCAUAUUCACUUUCGCGAGCUCAAUUAGCGUAUUGGAGCAUGACUACCUUUUGAUGCGCGAUAUCCCGAGAUCUGCUGUCGCGUUGUUUGGCAUCACUGUAGCUAUAUUCGAGGACGAUUACCGAGACAUGAGUCAUGAGCCUGCCUUGCUGUGUGCAGUGCUGCUUUUUGUCACAUUCACAGUUAUUCUGCUCAUGAACCUGCUCAUUGCGCAGCUGAAUACUACAUAUGUCCGAAUCUACCAGGAUACAGUAGGUUGGGCGCUCAUCAACCGCGCCAGCACGAUUGUUGAGGUACUGUCGACAGUUUCCAUGACGAAGUGGACGAGGUUCGUGGAAGGCUUGGGCUUCGACGAAAAGUUGGAGUUCAACGAAGGCGACGUCGGGCUGCCGGGGGGCGUCGUCGAGGCGGAGCCCGCGAGCAUGCACCCGGUGGUGCACGAGAGCAUCCUGCGGUUCGGGGGCUCGUGCAAGGGGGACGAGCCGUGGCCGGAGAGUAACGAAAUGCUUGAGGAGCUCGAGGAGGACAAGCUGGACAAGCUUGAGAAGGUGAUCCGCAGGACGUGCAGGAAGCUGGGGACGAGCCGGGCGGCGGUGGGCCGGCGCGCCGCGGCAGAGGGCGCGUAG